UCAGCUUGUUUGUCCUUCGCAAGUUACAUUUCCACCAUUUGUCGGUAAAUAUGAUUAUGUGUACACGAUCUCUGUGUGUCCUGGUUCACAGAUUGCUUUGCCUGUUGCAUCACCUUGUUUAGCCCAAUGACAAGCAAGAGUGUCUAACGUAGCUUCAGCAUAAGGAAGUAGGAGAAUCUGGAAUUGCGGCAACUUUCCAUAAACCAGAAAUACUGAUAUUACAUCGUAGCUCAGUAAUUUCCCACUCCACUUAAAACACAAAGUGACAGAAACUCAAGCGGUCCUCAUGACGAUGUGACAGUCAUUCACAUCCAGGUUGAAGCACAUGUGACUUGGACACUGGUAGGUCUGUUCACUCACAGUGUGUUAAGAAGUGGACGGGGAGCUGGCCAGAGCAGAUAUGAACACUCCGGAGCUGACCACAGUGCUGGAGGAGUGCCUGCGGCUAGCAGGAGAGGUGCCCACACUGGACAAAGAAACCUUCAAGUCAACCAGAGGCCUGCUCUCGGCUGAACUGAACUCACUGCUGCAGGAGGCUGUGGAUAUGAAGUGGCCGUUCGUGGAGGAGAAGUGGCAGUAUAAGCGUUCAGUGGAAUCGGAAGACAAAGUCAACACGAUGGACCUCAUCAACCAGCAUCUACCUCAGCUAAUGGCAUUUCUAAAAGCCUGUAUCUCGGCCGCGGAGCCGCUGUGGGCGAUGUCAGCGGUGUUUCUGAUGGAUCGUUUCCUCUACUGGAUCGACAGCUCACACACCCUGCUGAAAAUCGCUAAAGCACUACACAGACGUUACCCAGAAACCCCUGUGGCCCCGCAGAUCGUCAUACGGCAGGCUCGCAUCUACCUCAACACUGGUAAACUACAGAAAGCAGAGUACAUACUGAGCAGCUUGAUCAGUAAUUGUGGAGCAACUGGAUGCUGGAAGUACCACAGAGACAGUGAUCAGAUUCUCGUACAGGCUGUCAGUGUGCAAGUGCGGGGACAGGUGCUCCAAAAGUUAGGGUUGUGGCUGGAGGCUGCAGAACUCAUCUGGGCUUCACUCAUCGGGUUCUACAUUCUACCUCUACCUGAUAAAAAGGGAAUCGGAACAUCCCUCGGGCUUCUGGCCAACGUUCUGAUCUCGAUGAAUGAUAAAGACUUUGCUACAUUUCAGAUGAGGCCUCAUAUCAACCUGGGAUUUCUGGGAGACUGCAGGCAUCGGCUGCUCUGUGCAGCUCAGGCUGCUAAAAUGGCCGUCAUCUACAGUCAGUUUGGCUCUCUGUAUGUGCUCACUCACAUGGUUACUCAGGGAACUUGUCUGCUGUCGUACAGUUUCUCCAAAAACUGCCCGGCUGCAGAGAAACAGCGCUAUCUCACUCUGGCUAAGGAAGCCUUCGAGAAUGGUUUGCUAACAAAGGCAGAGACGGAUGCGGUCACCAGUCAACAAGAGCUACACACGCUGAUAAAAGCAGCUUACUGCUUAGCCAUUACAAACAAAUGGACGCUUGGUCCAGCCGAAGAGGUUACUAUGGCUAUUCAAGCUUGCCAGGAAGCCAAUGCUCUGUUGUAUUCUUAUUGCUUUAAGGAUGACUCUGAUAAAGGGGCAGUGUCUUCUGAAGUCAUGGCGAAGGUACAGCGUGUCAAGUCCCUUUUGAAAGUGAAAGCUUUUGUCAGUUCGGACCCACGUUCGUUUAUGCCCGAUAGUUACCGUGCUAUGGAGGACAGACCUGUUCCGUUCACUCUUGGUGAUUUUACCAAGAUGAUGGAAGCUUUUCAGAAGCACCACAAAUCCGUAUGCGAGGCUUUUAAAGCUUCUGAACAGAAAGGUAGAAGAAGUGGGCAAGGUGCUGCGCAUGCUAACUGCAUCACAGCAUUUCAGACAACCCUAACGGAAUCGCUCGCAACAGAAUGCACCAGUACGAGUCUACAAGGAGACGCUAAUAAAGACAUUAUGGACUCCAACAAACCGAGAGUAUCCUCAGAUCCUUCCGUAGAAGUCCUUCAAAAAGAAAUUCUUGAUGCUACAUUGGACUUUGAUGAGUACCAUCCAGAUCACUGCAGCAGUAGAGGUUCAAAGCUUGGUGAGAACUCUGAAGGCCACAGUGCACAAGGGGCAAGAACCUCUCAAGGAAGCAGCAGUUUGGGAUCCUCGUGGAUAAACAUGCCUGAUUCUGGAGCUUCUUCUGUUCUUGUUGAUCCAUUCUGUUGCACAGAAACAGAGGACGAUGUUUAUGAUGAUACCCACCAGCAGUCACAGCAAGAUCUUUCCACCUUGGAGAGUGACGAUGACGAUGAUCAAAUCCUCAGCAAGAUUGAUGCUAAUGACACAGAGAAAGGCAAAGACAGAAGAAUGACUUCAGGCUCUCGUAGCAGUAGCUUGGGCUCUUCAUGGCAGAGUAUCUCAUUCUCCAAAUCUCCUCCAACUGGAGAACUUGCAGAGAUCUUGAAGGACAAGUCUAUAAUUGAUCAAAAAUGUGAGACGGUAACAAGUGAGGACGGCCCUGACAGUCCCUUCGAGUUAGUAAACCUCAACAGUUCAGCAUCGCCGAUUAGCAAAGGAGGCCAAACCACUUCAGGUUCCCAAGAACGAUGCCGCUCUCAGACACGCGUACAAGACCAGAGUGCCAUCGAGACUGUUGAGGAUCCAGAAGUGUCUUUUUUAAGUAAUGGUCUCUCUGGUUUCACAUUAGCUGAUAACCAAGCAAAUGGGCGCAAUGCUAAAAAUGCCUCAGCAAAGUCUCAAAAAGGUCAACUAAGUGAAUCUGACUCGCGGAACAAUCAACUGAAUCAAUCGCUGCUGUCCACUGAGUUUGAGUCUUAUGAAAUGGUGCAGUCUGAACUUACAACACAAGGAACUACAACUUCAGGUAACAAAGCUAAACAUACUGAUCCUGUUGAUUCUCGAAUGCAAAACAAUUUGAGGGCUGCUCCUCUCCUUGAGACUGAAGCAGAAGACUAUCAACCUUCUCCAGUAUCUGCAAAACUAGAAAAGAAUGUAGGCAAGAACAGCACGGCUGACGCGUCCUCUACCAGCAUGAAUUCUUGCGAAGAAUGUUUCCAGGGUUGCACCAUGGGAAGUGUUGUUUUGACAGAGCAGGACUACAAAUCUCUCUUCUCAGGGGUUUGUCAGGACUGCUUGCUAAGAAGACUGCCAAAAAGAACCUUCAAACUCAGCCAGUACAGCAAAGCUUACAGUGCGCUCGUACUGAAGUAUUCCAAAGCCACUGACAGGUGGACGGGCUGCGAGACGAGUGUGUAUGUGGGUGAGCUGCUGCAGGUGGCUGUGAAGGGGGGGCAGAGACAGGCAUUCAGGAUCCAGUAUCUUCACCAGGAGCAAAUGCUGGGCAGUUAUGUAGGGAAGGAGUAUCUGAGAGAAAGGAGCGCUCACGCUCACUUGGCGGACGUGGAGAGGCAGAUGACGGCGCAGUAUUACGUCAUGGAGUUCAACAAGUGCCUCUACGAGAGUAACAUCACCACACAGAUCUUCUACAUCCCCUCUGAACUUCUGCUGAUCCUGGAGGCUGACUGUAUUGUAGCAUGCAUUUCUGUGGAGCCAUACAUGCUGGGGGAAUUUGUGAAACUCACCAACAACAGGACGAAAAGAAACGAGCGAUACUCAACCACUAAAUACGGCAUUGCUUUUGGCCACUUCACCUACGAGUUCACCAAAUACAAGGAGGUUGUGGUGGACCUGCAAGGCUGGGUGACGGCCAAUGGGAAAGGCCUGGUCUAUCUGACGGACCCCCAGAUCCACUCCAUCAGAAAGCCGAAAUCACCCAGUAACUUCCACAAGAUUGGCAUCAUGGAGUUCCUGCAGGAGCAGCAUGGAGAACACUGCAGCCCCAUCUGCAGGGCCGCCUUAAGCAACCUCAAACAGAGGAGCACAUUAGAAUAAUUAGUUCUGUUUUUUCUCCCCAGUAUGCUAAAUUCUGCAGUGCAGAAUGUUUUAGUUUUCCAUUUAAUAACAGCCAUAAAUCGUAUGCUUCAUGAAAAAUGUGAAGUGUCUUAUUAAUAUCAAGGCAUAAAAUAAAUACCAUAAGAAUGGAUCAUAUAGAGAGAACAUGGCGCAGAUUUUCUCUGUUGUGUGACUGAGGAGCAACAGAGGAGCGAAAAAUAGAAAACGUGCGGAGGUGCAGAGAUGGAGCGGAGUGAUUACAACACUUUGAGUGAGCGGUGGAAACGUCUGCUGCUCCACUCCACUCACAAACUCUAAAAUGUCGUCGAUCUGUAUAUCUUUAGUUUUAGCACUGGAGCUAUGAGGCUAUUGUAGCUAACAAGUAAUGGGACCUUAUACCCCACCGAUUAGCAUGGUGCUAACUGUAAACAAACAUGUAGAGUUGAUUAGUAAUCUCUAACAGAAUUGAUUUUGUGGAUUCUGACACUCUAUGACCCACACACACACAUAUUGUCUAAGACGUUCAUGCUUCUGGGUCGCGGGGGGAGCUGGAGCCUAUCCCAGCAGGAAACA